GGGCGGAUGCAACUGUGGCCAGUAACUUUGCUCAACCCUCACGUUUUCCUUUGUCACGACAAGGCUGGACAGUUAUCAUUUUCGCGGGCCUCAGCUGCUAUUUCGAUCACUGGUCAAGAAACCGUGUAAGUCAGGGCGGAAUUUUAGGACAAGAAAGUCUGGUGUGCUGGCUGUUCUGGUAUUUCGCCGAAAACUCGGCGCAAGUUGAAUUCCUUCAGGCACUUCUGCAUGGGUAGGUUCUCAUGCAGAUUACAACCAUUUUUUCAUCUCCCAGCUUAUUUGGAGGUGCGGUCUGGUGCAGAAGGUGGCCAGGACCUUAAAUUUACUUGGCAGCAGGAUUUCCACAAUGCAGGGAUGUUUGUUUUACGCAUUGAAUUUAAGAGUCCAAUUUUAUGCAUCCUCAGUCGUUUAAACAUCCUCAUUGUUUUCUAUGCUGAGGUCCAGCGCACAAUCCGAAAGAAUGAUCAAAUCGACUCGCCUGCGCUAUACACACUACCUUCAGCCAAGACCCGGUGUCUGAAUCGGUGUAGAAGUGUCCUCAGACUUGGUGUACUUAUAUGUUAUCACUAGCCAGGCCUUAUCUGAGCUCCCAGAGCUGACUAGACAGCGGGGAUGUAAAAGUGCCUUACUGGACAUCGAUCGAUAUUCUACGUUCAGUUGCUCGACCGUCGCGAAAGAUGAUGUCAGCUAUUGUCUCGAAAAGGGUACAAUGGCUGGACUUAGUUUAUACUAAAAGGAAAUUUUUUUGGCAUCCCUCUCUCACUUUCCUUACGCCUAUCGUGUUCUGAUGACAAGACCAAGCCAAGGCUAUUGGGGAUAUACGUGGACACAGUUACUGACGAGGUUAGACAGGCAGUUUACGCACCACACCGUCUGCUUCGCACUCCACAUGUGCCAGUCUUCAUUCCUAAUAAUUCGAUAAAGGCCCCACUAAGGAGCCACUGCAGCCUGACUACUGUUCAAAGGGCUAGCCGAGUUAUUUUAGCAGCUGGCUACCUCUCAGCCUACGACGUUAAGCGCGCAGUAGUAGUCUCAAACGCAUCCGAUUUGUUGUGGUGAGAAAUACGAUGAAUUUUCAAAAUACGCGGAUUCAGUAUUGUACUCACUUUCACCAUUUUCAUAUGCGCCAGUGCCCUGUCCAACACAAGCUAAGGAGCUUAAGCGCAGCGGCUGACGCGACGUGGGUUUAUGUCCACAUGUACCACAAACCGAGCGAACGGUUAAUUUCGGAUCAAAUUAGAUAGCAAAUCGCAGUCUGGAAAAUCGGCAAGCCGGCUGAACUCGUGCAUGGUAUAAGCAACCAGCAGACGUGCAGCAACCCAGAAAGGGCAGGACCUCCAACCCCUGCAUCCCAGUACCAUUCAUUCCUUCUAACUGAACUCACCAGACGGUUCAUAAAUGGCUCGUAAACAGUGGUUUGCCAUCAGGAAGAAUUUAAGAGAGGAGCAUUUUCGCAAGUCCGCAACGCUCGCAUAACAGUUCGACCGCCGUGACCCAUGAUAUCCACCGUGUGCCCCACAGCAAGAUGAGAGCAGGCACGGUGACCUGGGCGUGAUUUGUUUUAUAGUGGUAGUAGAAUUGCGCUGCACCUACUGCAUUCACUCCUCCCCCACCUGGGCCGGGUGUCAAGACACAGUCAAAAAACCGGAGGCGGGAGAGGCGCAGGCGGCUGGCACAGCCAGGCCCGCACCUAGACGUACCACAUCAUCCCCCGGUCCACAAAAACACUUAACCAAGAUUUCGGCCAACAACAACAAUGGCAGAGAGCGGAGUGGAAGGCACGGAUCCCAUUGUGCGCGAUGUGGGCCGGCAACGGCACCUCAAAUGUUGGUAUUUGUUAUGGGUUUGCAUUCCCGAUAACGUCUGCCAGAAUCCGAUGUGCCCGCAUGAAGCAGCUGGCACAUGCAGUGUUCGCACAAACCUCAGUGGGAAGGGUUGUCAGAGGCUCACGGGACACAGAAGAAGGAUGUGACUCAGACCGCGUGUCCUGAUAGACGCACACCACACAGGCCCGAUACCCGACAAGUCACAUAUUCUUCAGACGCAGCGGCAUUGACGAAAUCAACCUCGGAGAGAGGCGUUUUUGGACACUUGUGUACGAGCGACUGAUUUCAGUGAUGUAGUUACUAGGCACUGCUGAUAGCGCCAUCCAGAAUCCGCGCUCCGCUUAACCCCUCACCAGCGUUCUCAACGUCAUGUCGAGGCCACGUGCUGAAACAAACAAAAGGAGACAACAUACCCCCACACUCUGGCGAGUACGAGACCGUUCUCACUUUUUCCGAAAUAGUGCCGCACGCACCUGUCCCCACCCCCUCGUUCUGCCUACUUAUGCAAUCAUGAAGAUAGCAGGCCAGUCCAGAUCCAGAAACGGAGUCAGAGGAACCCAGACAUCCAUUUACGCCAAUACGUGAGUGACGUCUGAGCCAGUGAUACCAUCCAAGUAGUAAUUGUUAGAGGAACAGUCAAAAGUUGUAGGGUUUCUUGGCAAGUGCUCAGCUUACAUCUGACCUACAGCGUUUCUCCUCUCGAGGUCUCCGGCACGUAACUUUGGUCUCAGUUGUCUAUUUUAAUUACUCCUUCCCCACCACACAGAUUCCUACGAACAAGUUUAUCGAGCCAACAUGAGUGCCGAGGGCUCUCGCUUUACAGAAUCCACCAUGAACGUGUCGUUGGUACCCCCUGCAGACUCUCCUCUUCCACCAGAUUCCUUUGAUACCAUGUGUAUGCUCCUGAAGAACGAUCCGGUAGAGGAGGCGAAGGAGGACCGCGAUAGUGGCGAGCCGCCCGUGUCAGAAGUGGCGCGAAAUAUCGCCCUCGCCAUAUUAUCGCGGUAUGUGUAAUCCGAACCUAAUCUCGAAUCCUCCCUCUCCCAUUUCAUGCUAAUCAUCCUUCCCCUUCAUCAGCAUAUCUCGUCUACUGGGCGACAAUAUUGACAACUGUCUACGCCGCCUUCUGCCCACUGAGGCCGCUCUGCCGAUGACAUCUUUUCCCCCAACUACCCAUCGCCCCACGACCUCACCCGGAGCCCAGGCCUCUCCUGGUGCUGUCUAUGACACCCUGCUCCUUGCUUGGGGACAGAACAGUUUGACCAACCUAAGGAAUGUGAGCAAGCAGGGUUUCGUUAACGGGAUACCGCUGGUUUCAGUCAUACGUCCAAGUUCACUGGCUCUGCUCGAAGCACUCGCCUCGUGUAAGUAAUUGGCCACCAUGCAACCCGCUUUUCAUUCUCCCUACAGCCCUUCUCACUUUGUGAUACUUUUGAUCUGCCUUAUCUACAUCACCCUUCUGACAGCUAACAAGGCUAGCUCACAUUUUACUACACCAAAAACCAUAAGGACCAGUCAGGUAAAAAGAGAUUCGGCCGCACCUUUUCUCGACUUCUGUUACCUAGUCCUGACUGUACUUUAUUUUCUAGGGCCCGGUGACCAAGCCCGGAUCUCUCUCCUGGAGAGUGUUGAUACACUCAUGGAUGACUUUCUCUCCUCCGCAACAGCAGGCUUUUAUCCUCCUCCCUGGCCGUCAGAGUUGCUCAAGCCUUUCCAAAGUCUCGUGGGAAUGAUUUUGCGUUAGUUAUUACCCUUUAAUCUUCUUCUCUUGACCAUCUAGGUCAACUGCCUUGUGUAUGUGUGCGCGUGUGGCGCGAAAGAAAGACGUAAAACUGCUAUUUGCGCAAUACUCGCUUCCUCUCCCUCUACAACGUAAGGACGAGGGAAAUAGAGAGAGAGAAACUUGUUUAUCUGUAUUUCGUUUCUUCUUGCAGAAGAACCAGGUAAGGAGAACAUGACGCCACCGCAUCGCGGAUGUGCAACUGCCGCACACGAACUGUCAGUGAAUGCACUGGCGACGUCCACAGUUGCCAAAUCUACCCACUACUCAGGCCCCUCUGCUGGUGAAACUACCGUCCCCUUCAUCGAUCAGUCGAAUCUACUUUCUCCGACACAACCUACUCCUCAUCCGAUAAAACGAUCAGUGUCCCGCGUUGUGGACCCAGAACGAGGUAUGCCACCCCCUUGA